AUGGAUCCCAAUGCUACUACUGCUGCUGCAGUUGAUAAUACCUCAGGUUCUCUUCCCAUUGGUAGUACUCCCUCUGUCACCGCUACCAUUAAUGGAGAUAUAUCUUCUAUUUUUCAAAAGAUGGCAAGAAAGAAGAAAACAAAUACUAAUGUUGAUGCUUGGACUCAUGCCAAUAAGGUAUGUAGACACACAAUUUUGAGUACACUUUCUAAUGAUUUGUUUGAUGUCUACUGCUCUUACAAGGAAGCCAAGGAGAUAUGGAACUCUAUGAUUGCAAAGUACACUGAUGAAGAUGUUGGAAAACAAAAGUUCAUGGUUGGCAAUCUUGAUCGUUGGAGGAUGGAGGAUAACAAAGACAUCAAGGUUCAGAUUAAUGAGUAUCACAAACUUAAUGAAGAUCUCAAGAUACUAACCGCAAGGAACUCCAAGCUACCAAAGCGAGAGAAAUGGCAACAAGGAAGAAUUUGGUACAAACUCAAAACAAAAAUAAAAGGUAUGCCAACUUACCCAAUCAUUCAAAUAGCUCUGUUUACAAGCCUAAAGCUAAUAACACUACUACCUUUAAGAAAAAAAGGGAGUUGUUUUUUCUGUGGAAAGCCAGAUCAUCAUGCACCUCAGUAUAGAAAAAGAGUAAGAAAUGACAAUCCUCCUAAACCAAAUGCAAAUUCAGUAGAAGGAGAUGAUAUAAUUACUGCGGUCAUUUCUCAAGCUUAUCUUGUGGCCAAUGUGAAAGAAUGGGUGGUAGACUCGGGUGCUACAAGACAUAUUUGUGCUAACAAAGAUGUCUUUUCCUCUUACAAACCAGUAGGGGAUGGAGAAGAACAUGUGUAUCUUGGUGAUUCUCAAACUGUUCAAGUUUUUGGUAAAGGAAAAGUUGUUCUUAAACUCACAUUUGGCAAGACUUUGGCUCUAAAUGAUGUACUUCAUGUUCCUAAUAUAAGAGCAAAUUUAAUUUCUGCGACUCUAUUAGGAAAGGUUGGAGUUAAGGUGUCAUUUGAAUCUGGCAAGAUUGAAAUGACCAAAAAUAAUAUAUUUGUGGGGAAAGGCUAUUGUAAUCAGGGUCUUUCGUAUUGA